AUGUCGUUCGUCGUGCUGGCCGGCCUCUGCGCCGUGGCUCUGGUGGUGGUUCAGCUGCUGCGCACUCGCUACAAUGCCCUGUAUCCCAUCCCCGGGCCCUUCUUGGCCAGUUUCUGCAACUUCUGGAAGGUCUCGUCCGUCUACCGGCACCAGAUGCACGUCGACAACGUGGCGGCCCAUGAUCGCUACGGCCCCGUCGUUCGUAUCGGACCGCACCAUGUGUCCGUGUCGAGUCCGGAGGCCUUUUCCAUGGUGCACGCCGCGCGCUCGGCAUUUCCCAAGACGGAAUUCUACGAAGUGGGCGCCCCCAGCUAUCGCGGCGGUCCGCUCGAGAACCUCUUCUCCAUCCGCAACGUGCAGUACCACAGCUCGCUGCGCAAGAACAUCGGCGGGCUGUACACCAAGUCCGCCGUCAAGGAGUUUGAGCCGCAGAUCGCCAACUGCGUGGCCCUGUUCCUGCGCCGGAUGCGCGAGGAGCAGGGCAAAGCGCUGAACAUGUCGCUGUGGCUGCAUCUGUACGCCUACGACAGUCUGGCGGACGUCAACGUGUCGGAGAAAUUAGGGUUUCUGGAGCAGGGCAGCGACGUCAACGGGAUGAUCGCGGCCGCCGAUCGCAUCUUCGUGCUGGUCGGGCUGCUGACCCAAGCUCCGAUCCUGCAUCUCGGAUUGCGCCUGCUGCGAUCGCUCAUGCCGGCGGAGAAUUCCGAGCCGCUGAUCCAGUACUCCUUCGACAAGGUCGAACAGCGCCAGAAGUCUUUGGAGAAAAAGCCCGACAUGCUGAACAAGUUUCUCUCGCUGCAUGAAGCGCAGCCGGAGAAGGUGUCGGUGCGCGAGAUCAAGGCUGCCAUCUUUAUCAACCUAAUGGCCGGCCACGACGUCCUGGCCAUCACGCUGCGUGCCAUCUGGUACUAUCUGGCGCAGAACCCACGCGUCGCCAAGAUCCUGCGUGCAGAAAUUGCGGGCGCUCGCCAAGCGGAGGGCUUGUCAGAGGAUGACGAUGCCCAGCUUUCUUAUGCGACCGCGUCGUCUCUGCCGUAUUUGGACGCCGUGCUUAUCGAGACCAUGCGGGUUCAUCCCAACACGGGCACCAUCCUGGAACGAAAAGUCCCUGCCUCGGGCGUGACUAUCGACGGAUAUCACCUUCCCCCCGAUACCACAGUGGGAGUGAAUGCCUGGGUGCUGCAUCGUAAUCCCACGAUCUUUGGAGCAGAUGCCGACACGUACCGACCGGAGCGGUGGCUCGAGGCCACUCCGGAGCAGAAAGUAGAAAUGAAGAAGUACAUCUUCACGUUCGGCGCUGGCCCCCACACGUGCAUUGGGCAGCAUAUCGCGAUGAUCCAGAUCGUCAAGGUCGUAGCCGAAUUCUUUCACAGGUUUGACGUCGAGCUGACCCGACCGGACCAACCAUGGAAGGUCAUGGGCAGCUGGGUGACGAAACAGACGGAGAUGGAGAUGAGGGCGCGGGCGCUGGAGCAGACUUCCUGGGGGUCAUCCGGGGCAGUCAGCCUGACUGAUAAACCGGAAUUCCUACUUCUGCAAUGCGCCUCCCACUCCGACGGUCAUUUCGGUCGCCAUCUUUCCUGUCCUCGCUCUGUCUCCCUGCUCCGGUCUCGUCCCCUCGAUCGUCCCUCGAUCGUCCCUUCGUCCAUCAUGUCGGAUGCGUCCGCAGAGCCUCAGUUCCCUCCGGGGUACAUGGAGGCCAACAAUGGCAAUCAAGUCAUCGCCGCCACCACCUUUACGCUGGUCCUGACCACAAUCCUGCUGGGAAUGCGGCUGUACGCCCGCAGCCUUACGGACGCCGCCCGCGGCUGGGACGAGUUCCUACUGGUUCCUUCAUACCUGUGCUGCAUGGGGUUGAUGAUCGUUCUAUACGUGGACGUCAUACACGCUGGCCUCGGCCGUCACGCCGCCUCCGUUAUGGCGGAGGAUCCCCACAAGAUCGUCGUCUUCCUGCAGCUCCUCUACACCCUCGACUGGCUCUACGUGGUCUCCAGCGCCCUGUCCCGCGUCUCCGUCCUGUCCCUCUACCUGCGCAUCUUCACCAACAAGCUCUACCGCGGCGUGUGUUGGUUCAUGAUCGGCUUCGUCCUGUCCGCCAUGCUCGCCACCAUCCUGGCCGCCCAGCUCGAGUGCUUCCCGCUGGCCUACGCCUGGGACAAGACCAUCCCCAACGGCCACUGCUUCAACCAGGUCCUCUGGUACCAGCUGACCAACCUCCCCAACAUCUUCAUCGACCUGGUCAUUCUCGUCCUGCCCAUCCCGACCGUCUGGAACCUGAAGGCCUCCAGCUCCCAGAAGUUCCGCAUCGCCGGCGUCUUCCUGCUGGGCAGUCUUGGUCUAUUCGGUCCCUGCGUGCGAACCGCCGUAUUCUUCCGCGACGGCGACGUCAUCCGAAACGAUCCUACCUGGUCCUCCGACUGCUUCUCCUGGACCGCCGUCGAGUGCGGAAUGUACUUCAGCGCAGCCUGCCUGAUCGGGAUGCGGCCUUUGUUCGCGAAGCUGCCGCGGUGGCUGCGCGGGCACGUCUGGCGGACCUCGAACCGCACGACGGGCCAGGACCCGCGCACGGGGACGGGCAUCAGUUUCAAAAAAAGCCAGCACCGGCCGUAUGCGAAUCUCUCGGGCCGGGACACGCAGCAGGGGACGCAGCUGAAGUCGAUGAAUGGCAUGACGAGUACGAUUGUGUCGAUGCGCGGGAGCGGGUACGAUGACGACUCCGUACGGAAUUUGGUUACCGAUGAGGGCGAUAUUCGUGUGCAGACGCGGAUCGAGGUGAAGAGUGAUCAGGGGGGGUAUUAA